UGUUUGAUUUGACAGCAGUGUAACCCGGGGACAGACGAAGUGUCUCUGCCGCCGCAGUGUCCCUUCUGUACGUGUCUCUGUCCAUUUCAGUGUCGGGUUCGGUCCAACAUGGCGGCUCACGGAUGGAAAUACUGAUGACAGUCCGAAAGAUCGCGUCGAUUUGUACGAUGGGCGCCAAUGCCUCUGCCUUGGAAAAGGAGAUAGGACCGGAACAGUUUCCCGUGAAUGAACACUACUUUGGAUUAGUCAACUUUGGAAACACGUGUUACUGUAACUCCGUGUUACAGGCGCUGUACUUCUGUCGACCGUUCAGGGAGAAGGUGCUGGCAUAUAAGGUGCAGCCGCGGCGGAAGGAGUCACUCCUCACGUGUCUCGCCGACCUUUUCAACAGCAUCGCGACGCAGAAGAAGAAAGUCGGCGUCAUCCCUCCCAAGAAGUUCAUCUCGCGGCUGAGGAAAGAAAAUGAGCUCUUUGACAACUACAUGCAGCAGGACGCCCACGAGUUCCUCAACUACCUCCUCAACACCAUCGCCGACCUGCUGCAGGAGGAGAAGAGCCAGGAGAGGCAGCAAAACGGAAAACUGCUGCAGAACGGAGGAGGAGGAGGAGGAAGUGAGGGAGGAGGAGAGAGUGAAGGAGGGAAGGAGACGCAGCAGACGUGGGUCCAUGAGAUCUUCCAGGGAACGUUGACCAACGAGACGCGCUGUCUCAACUGUGAGGCCGUGAGCAGUAAAGACGAGGACUUCCUGGAUCUGUCGGUGGACGUGGAGCAGAACACGUCCAUCACUCACUGUCUCAGGGGCUUCAGCAACACAGAGACGUUAUGCAGUGAAUAUAAAUAUUACUGUGAACAGUGUCGCAGCAAACAGGAAGCUCAGAAAAGGAUGAGGGUGAAGAAGCUGCCGAUGAUCCUCGCCCUCCACUUGAAGCGCUUUAAGUACAUGGACCAGCUGCACCGCUACACCAAGCUGUCGUACCGCGUCGUCUUCCCGCUGGAGCUCCGCCUCUUCAACACGUCCGGCGACGCCACCAACCCCGACCGCAUGUACGACCUGGUGGCCGUCGUCGUGCACUGCGGCAGUGGACCAAACCGUGGACACUACAUCACCAUCGUCAAGAGUCACGGCUUCUGGCUGCUGUUUGAUGACGACAUCGUAGAGAAAAUCGACGCUCAGGCGAUUGAGGAGUUCUACGGCCUGACGUCGGACAUUUCUAAGAACUCAGAGUCCGGUUACAUCCUGUUCUAUCAGUCCAGAGACUGAAGACACGCCGAGUCCCCAACAGAGGGGGAGGGGCUUAUGGCUGCUGCUGGCUCCGCCCAGUACGCUCACACAAGUAUCCAAGGCUUUAUUUCCUUGUAGGCGGAGCUUUGCACUGAAGCGCAGGUCACCUGUUCGCCUCCUGGAUCACAAAAAAAAAGAAAAAAAAUGGAGAAUCGUCGCGAGCACCUUACGAAAAACAAGAUGGCCGACGCUAACGCUCGCUUCGCACUGUGACGUCACGUCGCACCCAAGCCGCCGCUCUGGAGGUGAACGACGAGAGGACCGUCGCCAUGACACAGAGUGACCAGUCAGCUGUUUGUGAAUCGUCAUUGUCAUGGUAACCACCCAUAGCAUUUCUUUCCCCCGUGUGUUCAUAUUAUACCGCGCUAAAUUAGCUUCACGCUAACACACUCGCCAUAAAUUCCAUAAAUUCCAUAGAUCGCAGUUUGGUGACAAAAUGGUCGACUUUUUUUCAAAUAAAUUUUUUGAGGCGGAGCUAACAAGUGUCACAGGAAGUGAAAUUUAAAUAUGUAUCUUUAAGUAUUGAGCCUUAAAAAUAAUAAUCUGACAAUCUCUGUAGCUUUAAAAAAAUUAACAAAAAAAUCUUUGUCUCUUCAGUCAAACAGGAAGUUGUUUUUACUUCCUGUUUUUUCCCCGCAGCAUGAAAAAGUUGCAGAGAAUAAAAAAUGUUAAAUGUUUCGGUGUUUUAUUGAUCGGUGUCUGAUCUCAUGCUAACACUCAAAAUGGCUUCUUUCUCUUCUUGAACAACACCGCCGCGUUCCAUUUACAUCGGAAGUUGGAGGAACUGAGCGCGACCUCACCUCCGAGUGAACCGUGUUAAAAUCAUCCGACGUCUUUUUCUUGUUGUUUUUUUUACGCACACAAAAGUUGUAAACGAGUGAACAAGUUAAUUACUGAGAAUGUAAAAAAGAAUCCGACGCGCGUUCCACGUGAUUCCGAGAACACAGAUCACACUUUCACGUCGCUUGAUUUCAAACGCUCCUGAUCAGCUGUUUCUACACUGCCACACUGAUGAGUCUCCACCCGGCCGGGGCUGCCUCACACUCUCAAACAAGCUCACCCCCGUCUCUCGUUGGAGGUGAACAUCUGCCGCGGUUUGGUUUUGUUUCACAUUAAAACGUUGAAGAGUUCAAGUCCAAAUCUGAAAUGUUCUCAGACGGCAACAACACCACUUCCUGUUUCCUGUCCGCGCUGCUUUUUUUUUUUUUUUUUAAGUUU